AGUGAUUCGACGGUUCUUCCGAUAGAGAGGGGAUGAUUCCCAUUACUUCUCUCGUGCUUUCGCUUUUCCGUCCAGUGUGUUUCGCCACUGAAGGAACCCGCGUGCCUUGCGUUUUAACGCGAAGAAUUAGAAAUUAAUUAUACAAAAGCGCAAGUAUGUCCGCACAAAGAACAAUGUUCGUGAAUAAACAAUUCAACUCUCCUAUCAAUUUGUAUUCGCCUCAAGCAAUACAGGAAGCCUUGGACAGACAAACUCAAGUUUUAUCUAAUGGCGCAGUUGGAAUUGAUUUCAAUCAGCUUGCAAAACCAGCGAAUUUACAAAACAGCGCGGUUCUACGAAUGCUCGAAGAGGAAGAGGCUAGGCAACGAGCUGGUCAAGCUGGUCUUAAGCGCGUAGCUUGGCCACCACCUCCGGAAGAUCAAGAUUUUGACUUUGUGGAACAAGGACCUGUACAAGCGAAGACCCGUGGAAUCGGUGAUCUCGCCUCGUACCAGAGCAGUCCCUCAUCAGGUUCAUCACCUCAGCCGCCUUCAACGAUAGCUCGUUCCUCGACUCGGAGUGCCAUACCAUCCUCUCCAUCCCCGGUUAGUCCUGGUGGAACAUUGCGACAACCGUCAUAUUUUCAAUCAACGCCAAAGGGUUGGCAUCCGGUUACACCACCGGCAACUUCGCCGAUCUCGCAACAAUCGAUUCAACCAAAUUGGUACAGUCAACAACAACAGAAUCAGCAAUUUCAACAGCAUCCUCAAGAUUAUACUUCUCUACGAUCGAUACAAAAUCAAGCUCCUACGGCAUUUGAAGCACCACCAUCCACAAUCAUACUUCGCCCGGAGCCUCCAAUCUCACAGGCACCAGCGCCAGUUUAUCAAGCACAACCUGCUGCAACUAAGGCUCCAAUAAGUGGAAAUAUGAGAGGCGAUCUGAAAUGGCCACCACCAUCAGUUAAAGCUCAAGCAGAAGCUGAAAACAGAGCUAGAAUGGAAUUGGCAAAAGGUCCUGCUUUUAGGCCUCGUAGGGUGCAAAAGGACUAUUCCGGAUUUUUCGCUCAACAUGCUUUGAAUAAUACAUAUCCAGGUUAUCGAGCUCCACCAGGCACUCAAUAUUUUACUCCUUCUUAUCAUCAUUAGCAAAUUUAUUCAAAAUUAUUUACUUUUCUCGUAAUUUUAUCCUGAGCUCGAUUUUUUACGUUUGAGAGAAGCAUGACGCAUAUUUUGUUUCUUAUUCGAAUGUUGCAGAAAUUCUUUUAAAUUUUAAACGAAAAAAACAAAAAAAAAUCACUCAGGGUCAUUCUCAUUGAAUUUCGAAAUUUGUGCAUUGAAAAAAAGAACCAAAAAUAUAAAUAUAAAUAUAAAAAUAAUUCAAUGUUUGGUUAAUAUAUAUGUUUCGAUUUAUUUUUUUAUAUAUAAAACUUAGAACUGUACACGUAUAACUUAUACGUGUUUUUUGCUCUUGCCAGUUCUUGGUUUGAAAUAAUAGAAUUUUUACGAAAUAUAGAAAAGGUUCUUAAAACGUAUUCAAAUUUCGAAUUUCAAUACACUUUGUAUAUAUUGAGACUGAUGGAACACUGGCUUUUUAUUGCCAUGACUUGUACUCUCAUAUUUGAACAAUAACAACGAAAAAUAACAAUAGUACAUAUUUUAAAAAUAUUUAUCAUGUUCUUUUCCGUCUUUCUCUUUUAAAUAUAAAUAAAAAUUAAUACUUUCAGCAAAACACUGUUAUUUUACAGAAUAAUUCACAAUUAAAUGAAAUAUGUAUUUCUAUGGAGUAUUGUCAUUGUAAAAUAAAAGAUAUCGAUUAAUUCAGUUUUUUCAACGAAUAACGAAGUCAAUGUUAGAAUAAAAAUCGAAAGUAAAAUACGAAAAAUGAAUAAAUUAAUGAAUAAAUCAUUAAUAUCGAAAAUAUUUAAAAAGAAAUUGACGAUGUGUCUAUUAAACGAUUAACGAAACUUUUUAAUAAUGUAAUAUAUUGAUGUGUAUAAAUAAAAGAUAUUUACAAAUAA